AUGGGGACGCCCGUGUUCGCAGUUCCCACACUCGUCUCGCUACUAGACGCGGGAUGUGAAAUCGUCGGUGUCUAUACGCAGCCUGACCGCCGCUCCGGUCGCGGUAGACGCGUUACACCGCCCCCUGUAAAGCAGGCUGCGACUGAGCGCGACUUGCCCGUCUUCCAGCCGGCAUCGCUGCGUCGAGAUGCCGAUGCAAGGCAACAGCUCGUAUCGCUGAAGCCUGACUUGAUAUUAGUUGCCGCGUAUGGCCUGUUCCUGCCAGCCGAUACACUUGACGUGCCGCCGCUUGGCGCGCUGAACAUUCACCCAUCCUUGCUGCCGAAGCAUCGUGGACCCUCUCCCGUUGCAACUGCGAUUCUUGAGGGCGAUACGACUACGGGCGCAACCCUGAUGCAACUGGACGAAGGUAUGGAUUCGGGGCCAAUCAUCGCGCAACGGGAGACGACGAUCGGCGUAAACGAGACCGCCGAAGACCUCACAGUUCGCCUGUUCGGGAUGGGUGCGCGAUUGCUUGCCGACACGCUACCGAGAUGGCGGACGGGCGAGUUUGCGCCUGUGCCACAGAGCGAAGCCGAUGCAACGAUUACCAGACUGCUCAGACGUGAGGACGGCGAGAUAGAUUGGGCCCGUCCUGCACACCAUAUUGCACGGCAGAUACGCGCCUAUCAUCCCUGGCCCGGCACAUUCACACACUGGAACGGCAAGCAGUUGAAAGUGCACCAGGCAUCGCCGCUCGAUAACGAUGAGGACUUCGCCACCGGCACGGUGGUGGAGAUUGACCAAGGAAUUGGCCAAGGCAUUGGCGUCGCAACGGGUGAAGGCAUACUGCUGAUACAACGAGUGCAACCAGAAGGCCGGCAGGCGAUGGACAUCGGAGACUUUACGCGUGGAUACCGUGGUUUCGUGGGUUCACGUCUAGGCGCAUCCUGA